AUGGCAAGGUCGCACAGCACAGAGACCCCGUACCGCCGCUCCCAGUCCGUCACCAGCCACUCGCAGCAGCAUCGAGGCACGCCCGUGCUGGAGGAGCAGAACUACAUGAGCCCGUUUAGCCCGCCGUCCAACGGCCUCUACGUCAUGGAGACGCCGCAAGAGCGCGACGGCGACGCGGCGCGCGACGGACGCCGCUCCAUGCGCCAACUGCCGCCCGUGGACCAGAACGGCUCCUUCCGACAGCGCCACGGCAUCACGCGCGGCGCGUCCAACGGCUUCGCCACCAUGGACAACGGCAGCGCCAUCAGCAGCUCCAGCGGGAACUACAUUGACGCCAUGAGCCUGAACAACAACAACAACAUGAGCGCCACGGCGCAGCAGCCGCUCAUCUCCACGCCGCGCGCCACGCAGAAGAACAUCGUGCGCGUGAUCGACAAGGACAUGACGCAGCAGUUCCGCGGACGCUCCAAGUCGGUGGGUCAGGGACGCAUUCGCUGGUUCGAGAACAGGAAGUCGCAGCUCCUUGGGUUCUGCCUUACGAUGGCUUUCCUCGGCGUGUCGGUCGCCAUGUACAGCUACCGAUGGACGGGACUUAUUGCUGGCUCGGUGAACAGCCUCAUUUGCGGCUCCGCUGUUGUUAUCACGUACUGCCGCAAGAAGCAGUGGCACCAGCACCCGAACCCGAUCGUGCACAAUCGCUCGGUACUGAGUAUCUUCAUGGCGGUGUGCUUGCUGUUGAACGUGCUGGUGGACUUCGACCCGAGUGGAUCGAACACGGACUGUCAGCGACUUGCAGGUAUCACGGAAUUCUUCUUCUUCACAGGCGAGGCGUGGGGUCUCGUCAUGGCUUGCGAUCUGUUCUUCUCGCUCACGAGUCCGUUCACGAGCUACAAACGACUGAUGAAAUUCUACCACCUUUGGGUAUGGCUGGGAGGCAUUACUAUGGGUGUGAUCACGUACUCGGUCCAAGGUGCUGGCGGAUUCUUCACUGUGGACGGCCAGUCCAUGACCUACGAGACCGACACGGACACUGUCAUCGGCUUUUGCUUGGCUUCAUCGCGUAUUUGCUGCGAUUCUGGCGAAACCUGCCCUGACACGAUUCAAAAGUGCUCCACUACCGCGAGCUUCUUGAACGCGCAGAAAUGGCCCUGGAUUUUGAUUUACAGCUUCGUGCUUCUGGUGCUGUUCGUGUCUGUGUGUGUGCUGACGUUGGCGUGGCACCGCCUCUACCUGCGUGGUGUCCCCAAGACAUACAACAUUCGCCUUCGUGUGCUGAACUACAUUUCCUUCUUCACGGGCGCGUAUGUUUUCUACUGGUUGCUCCUGCUGCUUCUCUACAUGUGCGCGUACUUCUUGUCGACCAAGAGUGACACGUUAAACUCGAAGGCCGUUGCGCAGGUUCUGCGUCAAUUGGUCAUCUUCCUCAUUUCGUCGAAGGGAUAUCUCGACUAUGUGAUUUGGUUCGCUGUGAACAACAUCAACAGAAAGAGUGGAAACGGACGCGAUGAAUCGGCAGAUGUGGAUGUCGACCUUAGCCCGCAGGCCAACACGGCCCUGCGAUCAGAAAUUCUGUACUACACCACCUCAGGCAUUAAGGAGUCUGUUCGUGCUGUGACUGACGAGCUGAUCACCAUCCCGAUUUCUGGCGAAGGCGAUGCGGGCAAGUCUAUCAAGUUUUGGUCAUUCUGCCCAACAUCUUUCCGCAACAUUCGAUUGACCUUUGGAAUCAGUGACGCCGACUACAUUCAAAUGUUUGGCGCUACGACCAAGGAACGAUUCAGUGAAGGUCGUAGUGGUGCUUUCAUGUUCUACACGUCUGAUGAAAGUCUGAUCGUGAAGACAAUGUCCCCCGAAGAGUGUGCGUUCUUGCGCAAGAUGGCACCUAAUUAUGAGGCCUACAUGACCAGCAACCCCGACACACUCCUCACGCGGUUCUACGGUUGCCACUCCGUCUCGCUGUACGGAAAGAUGUACUACUUCGUUGUGAUGGGAAACCUGUUCGCGGACACGGACGUUGUGCAUCACCGUUACGAUAUCAAGGGAUCGUGGGUGGAUCGUAAUGCGAAGGUCCCGAGUGUCGGUGAUAAGACCGCGUGCCGUUACUGCAACGCUUCGUACACGUUCGGCAGUACCAAAAACCAGGAGUGUGGUGACGGCAUGAACUUCCACGAGCCCGACAUUGUCCUCAAGGACAACGACUUGAUGACCAAGAUUCGCAUUGACCCGGCAACAGCCCACCGCAUCUACGACCAGAUCCACAAGGACAGCGACUUUUUGUGCUCGCAGGGCAUCAUGGAUUACAGUCUACUCAUGGGUAUUCAAAGCUCGGAGUACUUUGUCGACACAAGCCAGCUGCCGCAAGCCCGUCGCGACCUGCUCUUCACGCAACCUGCGACGAGCGUGGCUGGUCCGUCGCUCUACCAUUUCGGUAUUAUUGACUUUCUGCAGCAGUGGACAAUGGAAAAGAAGAUGGAGCGGUUCUACAAGACGUUCGUCAAGCGGAAAGACCCGGAAGGUGUCUCCGCUUUGCCGCCGAAGCCCUACAAGUUCCGUUUCCAGCAGAAGAUGUCGCGCAUCUUCGCGCUGUCGACGCACACGCGCGCUGAGAACGACACGGCUUUCAACCACAACUACCCGGCACUGAUCGACGUGCUGGACCAGGGCAACUUCGACACCCAGCGCCACAACACCUUCAUCAACAACUCGGUGAUGGAGCAGAGACCGGUGUUCAACCCCGACCUGCAGCAGGACAUCCGCGUGGUGUAG